AUUCACUCACUCAGUCGGUGGCGGGUAUCGCUUCUCGCAGCUCCGUGGGCAGCUGGGUGCGCGGCGAUGGCUGGGCCCGGGGCGUGGGGCCGGAUCCACUUACUGCUCCUCAGUGUCAGCUCCUGGUCCUUGAUAUCAGCCCAGGUGGUGGACACACAAACCAUUCAAGUGCCUGAGAAUGACCCAAUUGAAAUACCCUGUGCUGCGUACACAUCGCAAAGCGGAACAGCCAGGGUCGAGUGGAAGUUUGAAAAGGGCUUUUCAAUAGCACUGGUCUAUUAUGAUGCGAAAGUCACAGACCCCUACAAAGACCGUGUUCAGUACACACCCACGGGACUUCGUUUCAGUUCGGUGACUCAGAAGGAUACAGGGAAGUACGUCUGCGAGGUCCUCCUCUGGACUGGGAGCGGGGACACUAGCCAACUAAGCAAGUCAGAAGUUGACCUCAUUGUCCAAGAACCAGAUGGCUCUCCACCUCCCACCUGCCAAUGCUACAGGGACAACGUCCUUAUGACCUCCAACGCCAAGAUCAACAAGAAAUUCAGGAACUCCUGCUCCACGAUUGACACCAAGACAGGCGUGCUGAUGAAUGAGCCCGUAACCAGCGUUGACAUGCGGGAUUAUUUUUGUGAGGCUCAGAACAACGUUGGGACCUCUCAGAAAUCUGAAGCCAUCCACUUGGAAGCCAAAAACGUCAUUUCCUACAAGGACAUGAAAGUGCUGGUCGACAGCGGGAAUGCUCGGAUUAUCGACGUGCGGUUGCCGGAGGAGGUGGCGAACGGCCGUAUCGCCAACUCGGUCAAUAUUCCAGUGGCAGAAGUCGAGGAAGCGCUGAAGAUGGACCCUGAGACGUUUAAGAUGAAAUAUGGCAUUGACAAGCCACGGAUGGAUGACGAGAACUUGAUCUUCUACUGCCAGAGGGGCAGAAGAGCGGCUGAGGCCACAAAGAUCGCCAUAACCCUUGGCUACACCAAGGCCCGUAACUAUGCAGGCAGCUACAAGGAAUGGUCUGAGAAGGAGGGGAACUGAAGUGGGAACGACUCUGCGAGGGCUGUUGUCUGUCCCUCCACGCCCAGCAGCUGGCUUGGCCCUGAGGACUUUCUUCGCUUCCUUGCUGCAACAUCGUCCCGUUGCUGCUGACGCCCGGUGCUGGGAUGGCAACGCACUGGGCCCUGAUGGGCUCUUGGCUAAUGCACCUCUGCUUUCUGCCUCACUUUCUAGCCCAGUGUCUCACCUGCUCCAUAUGUAGUCACCCCCCCCUGCCCCCGACAGCAGCUGGGAGGGUUCAGAUAUCUACAUCCCCCCCCCCCCCAUGGAAUCUGGGACCCAAUCCAUAUGCUUCCCAUGGGGUAAGUCCUUUGCUCUUAAGGAGGUAGAUUUGAUGGUCAUUUUCCUACCCCACCUCAUUCUCCAGCUGAAUCUGCUGCUUCCAGCUGUAGCCUGUUUCUAGAACAUGCUGGGUGCCCCUCAGCCACCUCUGCCCAGGGGAUUUUCUCUGCAGCCACGCCUGGAAAAGAGAGCUCUCUAGCAUUUCCUCUGAUGUAGUACCUGGCUCUGGUAAGGGGUGGGACAUGUGUGAAGGAAGGAAGAAUCCCAGGCACUGCUACAGGCUGGGGACUGACUGGCUAAGCAACAGUUGCCCAGAAAAGGACCUGGGGAUUACAGUGGACCAGAAGCUGGAUAUGAGUCAGCAGUGUGCCC